AUGUUUCGCAAUAGGUUUAUAAAAUACACAGUUUUGACAUGUUCAUGGAUUCCUGUAUACAUCACGGUGACUCAUCAUGUUGUGUCCGUCGCAAACAUCCAAGGGAUGUCCAUGAGACCAGUUUUAAAUCCCAGAGAUGAUAUCGGAAGUGAUUGGGUGCUUCUCUGGAAAUUAGGAAAAACGAAUAUUCGUAAUUUGGAUUAUGGCGACAUUGUGCUGUUCAAGUCGCCCACUAAUCCGAAAAAAGUCUACUGCAAAAGAGUUUUAGGUAAAGAAUAUGAUACUGUGAAGACUCGACAUCCCUUCCCACGUGAGACUUGUACGAUUCCAAAGUCACACCUGUGGGUCGAGGGUGAUAAUAUGUCCCAAUCGGUUGAUUCCAACAACUUUGGACCGAUUUCUACGGGAUUGGUUAUAGGAAAAGUCACUAAGGUGUUAUGGCCACCAACGAGGUGGGGUGCAAAGCUUUCUAACGGAGUUAGUGCAAGUGGUGCAGUUGUAAAAUAA